AUGGCUGCCGAACAUGCUUCGUGUAGCUCCUACGAAAAUCAAAUUAAACAGCUUCAAGUAACCUUCUUCCACAUUCUAUUAAAGUACGAAAGCUAUCUAGAGUAUAACAACGACAAUAAAGUAAAAUGGUCCGGCGGCUUAGUGAAACUAAAGAGUUUUGUUGUCAAUUUAUUCGGCGAUGAAGGCAAGUGGAGCUCGCCUGGUGGGAGUGCGAAAUUAUUUCAAAGUAAUUGGAUUAGUAUUACUUGGUACGCUAAUACGGAAUCAAUUUUAUUUCAACGCGAACUGAAGGAACUAAUAGAGGACUCUUCCGGGAAUAAAACAACAACGAACUUGAUAAACAUAAGCGACGAGUCAAAAGUUAAGCAGAGCGUACCAAAUAUGUCAAGCGCUAUGAACAAACUUUAUGAUCAUGUAGCCUUUACAGUUAAUUACAUCUAUAGUCAAGACCUAACCUCAAAGAAAACGGUGUCUGAAUGUGGUAUACAGACGGAUAUAUACCCGAUGAGUACAAAUCUUGCUCACAUUGAUAAUCAAGGCACAAUCUUUAAGAAUGCGGUGUGUGAGAUCUGUAUUCAAACGGACGUUAAUCCGAUAAACGAAAAUCUUACCCAGAAUAAAGUCAAAGAGCAUAUACCCAGUUCGUUUUACGAGCUUUCAACCGAUCUUAAAGGCACCAAACUAGACAUCGUAAUUAUGGAAUGCAAAAUUGCAAGUGGGGUUCGUGAGAAUGGUCAAGCAAUAGAUCAAACUCGUGCCGAAUUGGCAGAUAUCAGAGAUGAUCAGCAGAAAGCCACACAUCGCGAUAAAGCAAUAAUAGAGUUAUUGUCAAAGCAAAACAGUGCUCUCUCUGAUAAAGUUAAUACUUUGAGCUUAGACUUGGAAAAAUUGAAAGCAAAUUUACAUAAAGUUGAACAAAAGCAUGUUUCUGAUCACCCUACUCAAUGA